GGUGAACGUGUCGUGACAGGGAACUUGACCAUGGCUGGGUUGCUCCAAUACUGUCUCUUAUGGCAGUCGAUCGUCUCAAUAGGAGUACUAGUCUCGGCCAUAUCACCACCUGGACAACAAAAUGACACUCAAGUGUGUGAAGACGGCCAGGCUAGAUGUCAUGAUGGCAGUGUCUGUAUCCCUAAGACCAGCUUCUGUGACAGGAAAUUGGACUGCCCGGACGAUUCUGAUGAGAGGUUAUGUGUGAUUAGGAACUGUACAAACCAGAGUGACUUCCCCUGUUCUCAGUCUGAUGAAUGCAUGUCCAGGGACUUCAUCUGUGACGGUAUCAGCGACUGCUUUGAUGGAUCUGAUGAACUUGUCUGUGAUCCAAAAGAGAACUGUUCACUGGAGCAUGACCGGUUCUUGUGUACUGACCGUAAGAGUUGUCUGCUAUAUAACAAAGUGUGUAACGGACAAGUGGACUGUCGGGAUGGAUCAGAUGAGUCUCCAAAAUGUGAAAGUGCGAGACAAGCCUGUCACGACGGGAGAUGUGGGGAGUUUGGGGUGUGCAAGGCAUUACCAAAUGGACCAGUGUGUACUUGUCAACUCGGAUACACACUACUGACUGACAAUGUUACCUGUAAAGACAUUGAUGAGUGUGUCACCACUCGUCAGGGGAGGUCACCCUGUCAGCAGGUGUGUACCAACACCAAUGGAAGUUUUACUUGUUCCUGUCUCCCAGGUUACAGACUGGAGAACAACACAUACUGUAGAGUACAAGAUCCAGACCCUGUACUUUACAUGGCAGCCAACACAGGAGUUCUGGCCUAUCACAUCCGUUCAGGGCACUGGGCAGCUGUGUUUGAGGACCAGCCAGAUAUAUUGGCCCUAGAUUUUGGACCUAAUGAUAACUUAUACUGGACAGCUGUCAACAAGACUUCAGACCGGGUACUGUUUGGACAUGUGGGACAGUCAGGAACCUGGAAAACUCACACCCUGGUGGACAUUGGCCUGUCAAAUCCGAAGGGGGUAGCCGUAGACUGGAUGACCGAUGCCGUGUACCUGGUCAGCCAAGACAGUGGUCAGAUAGUAGCCUGUGUUAGGACAGCACCAAUCAGCUGUGUCAUUGUCUUGGAAAACCUUGACAAAUUACAAGACAUCAUCAUCUGUCAUCAUUCUAGGAGAAUGUUCUGGUCAAGCUGGGGACUUUCACCAAAGAUUACAUCAGCAGAUCUAGAUGGUAGGAACCCUGCUUUGGUCAUCGGUGACCGCCUGAAACAUCCAACAGGUUUGGUGAUAGACUGGCCAAGGAAAACACUGUUAUGGGCAGACUUUCGUUUACACAGAAUAGAGAGCUCUGGCCUGGACGGAUCUAACAGACGGAUUGUUGUGUCAUUGGGACUGCAUUACCCGUCAUCUCUGGCAGUGUUGGAGGGCAUUCUUUACUGGGUCAAUGCUCAUCAGGGUUCCUUGAGCAGCUGUAACUGGUACAAGGGGUGUCGUCAAAUUGUGCAGCUGAAAACUGGCCUUCAUCAUCCCAAAUCACUUGUCAUAGGAUCACCAAGUCUACAUGGAUUUACAGAAGAUCCUCCUAAUAAAUCAUGCCAGAAUUCUCCCUGUUCACACGUGUGUCUGUCAAGUCAACAUGGCUACAGGUGCAUGUGUCCUCCAGACCAUAUUUUGACCCAGGAUGACCACACUUGUUCCAGGACAUCUGGAUCUAAGCACUUGUACAUUGGUACCAGGGGACAGAUACUUGUGUUAGACCUGGGGCAGCCUGGUUACACCCAUGACCUUCUCCUCCCUGCCACACUCACCUCACACGGUACUCCUACCUCCCUAGAGGUCGACCAUAGUACCAACUCUGUCCUGUACUGCGAUUCAACACAUGACACCAUCACUAUGGCAACCACUGAUGUCCUUACCAACAAAGUCACAGAGAACACACUAUAUGAUAGUGUCAGUAUACAGCAUGUUUUGGAUGUCACUAUGGACUGGGUGUCGGGAAACAUUUACUGGGCUGACAUUGGUGGAAAGGCUGCCAUUAUGGUGGGUCACACCUCCGGAGAACACCUCCUGACUUUGUUAAAUGACAGCCUGGAGCAGCCCAACUCUCUGGAUAUUGACCAUGUGAAUGGGUAUUUGUAUUUUUCUGAUGUUGGAUAUUCACCAUUUAUUGGGCGUUGUCGACUUGAUGGAACACAAUUCACAAAACUGGAUAUUGAUGUCCAACACCCUGACCACCUCAUGGUCAGUUUGGACAAUGACCAUCGUCUUUACUUCAUAGAUGUCCAUUACCACCAGAUCCUGUCUGUUUCUCUUCCUGAUGGGACUGACCACAGAACACAUUGGCAGGGUAUCACCGGUGAGGUGUUAGGACUAGCCGUGACUGACCAUUGGAUAUACUGGACUGACCAACAGUCUGAGGGCAGUGGACUGUGCAGAGUACACAAAAAUGACUACAACCAAGAGAUGUGUUUCCUCCAUAAUAGUUUUAUACUGAAGGGUUUGGCUAUCCCUUCCUCUAUUAAUUCACCACAAGUUGAUGGAUGUGGACAACACAAUGGAGGCUGCAGCCAUUUCUGUUUUGACCAGGGAAAUAAAGUCAUUUGUAGGUGUUCGGAUGGCUUCAAACUCCAGGAAGAUGGCCACUCGUGUCAAGCUGCUCCUGAACCUAACUGUGUGUUCCAUUGUCGAGAUGGACAUUGCAUAACUGACCGUUCCUACCUGUGUGAUGGUCAGCCAGACUGUGUGGAAGGGGAGGAGGAAGCUCCAAGUUUGUGUGAUCAAAUUAGCUCUCCUCCAACACCACAGGCAAUCAAAACAGACACUGCCUGUCAAGAACCAAACCAAUGUCAACACAUCUGUAGGAAAACGUCCCAGGGACCAAGAUGUGAAUGUCAUCAAGGAUAUCGACUAUCAACUGACCGAAGGGGAUGUAAGGAUGUGGACGAGUGUGAGGCUAAUAAUGGUGGCUGUAGUCAGCUUUGUGACAAUAUAGAUGGUGGUCAUACCUGUAGUUGUGUCCACGGGUACACAAAAAAUGGCUCCCUGUGCUAUGCCGAAGAGCCACGCCCCUAUCUGGUGAUUGGUGGGACUGGAGGCAUUGACAAGGUUAACGACCAAGGUCAGAUAGAGGAGCUGAUGAUUGGUGAAGCCAGUGGAUUUGUCACAGCCCUGGAUGUUGUCAUGGAGACAGGAGAUAUUAUAUUUGUUACAUCUGUGCAGCAAGCACUUUUCCUUUACAAGAGGACUGAGAGACAUGCCAUUCACUUGGCCACACUUGGCAGUAAGGUGACGGAUCUAACAUACGACUGGAUCGGCCGUAAUGUUUACUAUACAGAUGAUGGAAUUUUGGCUGUGUGCAGCCUCCGGUCCAUACCUGUCCUGUGUCGGACUCUACGAUACGAACCAGUCAGUUCAAUAGUCCUGCACCCCACAAACGGCUGGAUGUUGUGGACGAGUGCUACAGAAGGAACAAUUAUGAGGAUGGCUAUGGACGGACAGAAUCUCACGGUGGUGGUGGAGGCCAUUGUAGGUCAGGUUGUCUGUGCACUGACCAUCGAAUAUGCCACUGACCGCAUCUACUGGACCACUUUCCCAGCCAAUCAGGUGUGGUCGUGUGAUAUGGAUGGAAAAAGGAGACAAAAACUACCCAUCUUAGAACAUGGUCGCCAUUUCUCCAGUUUAGCUGUGUUUGAAAACACUUUGUACCUUUUAGACAAGAGGUCAAAGGUUGUGUACCAGUACAGCAAGCCUAGUGGUCAACAGACAGGUGUGAUCCAUUUAGUGUCCACUCCCAGUUGUCUGAAGAUAGUUCAUCCCUACCAACAGCCACAUCAAAGUGUGUAUGCAGCGUCAAAAGUGACGGAUGUCUGUAGUACUAGAGACUGUUCUCACCUGUGCUUGGUCUCCCCGAGUGGAACGAACUGUUACUGUCCUAAUGGCUUCCAAUUCCUGCCAGACUCACGCAAAACCUGUACAGAUGGAAAACACAGGGUGUCUACUGGAAUAAAAGCAGUCAUGUCUACUAGACAAGCCAAUCAAAAUGCCUGGACAGAAUCACCACAUCCUGUGAAGACAUCACCUAGCCCAGAAAACCUAGAUACUGAGUUACCUAAUGGAGUAAAGAUAACGACUACAAGACCAGCAAAUGUCAAUGGUCAGGCAGAAUUACCAAAGAAUGUGGGGACGACAACUGGACCAGGAAAACUAAAAUCUGAGGUGUCAUACAUUACAACAAUGACACCUAGGCUAGCGACUGAAAAUCCUGAAAAGCCUAGGAUGGAUCUGUCCUCCCCUAGAGUUGUAAAUGUCAGUCUUCCAAAGGUAGAGCCACAUAUCAAAGUACACACGGAGAUACAACAUGUGGAACACCCUCUCAACAAUGACAGUCUUUGUGAAAUGAAAUGUGCCAAUGGUGGAACUUGUGUUAUAAUCAAAGAUACCAAACUUCAGUAUUGUAGAUGUGUAGGGGGAUAUAAGGGUGCCACCUGUGGAGAAGUGGAUGAUACAUCCCAGGGGGAGACAACUACCGACAAGGAUCAGUCAGUUGCCAUCGGUGUAUCUUUGGCAGUUGCCAUCACGAUCGUUGUCAUUGUCACCAUUUUAGUUGCUUGUUGGAUCAAACAAAGGACUGGUAGACCAUUCCCAAACUACAUGCCUUGUGUUAAUCGACCGAGUAAAAUCCUAAAAUUGGAAGAUGAUGCUGAGGGCCUGGUCUCUGAUUCUUCCUCCACAUUUGGAGAUCUCAGAUUUGAUAGCGACGUUACUUUCCGAGAAUUUGAUUCUGUAAGUUAUCAAACAACUUCCUCAUCGACUGAUGGGCAGUGUGGACCUACUAACACCCCGAACACAGACAAGGAUUGUAGCCCUCGGAAUAUCUAUUACUGCCCAUCAAACCAGUCGUUUGGGACCACCUUUGGUCGCCAGGAGGAAACUCGAGACAGAUCAAGUUCCUCAUCGUCCAGCAGUCUGUCAUGACUUGACCUCUAGUAUCCGACAUGUUACCUCAUCGUCCAGCAGUAUGUCAUGACUUGACCUCUAGUAUCCAACAUGUUACCUCAUCGUCCAGCAGUCUGUCAUGACUUGACCUCUAGUAUCCGACAUGUUACCUCAUUGUCCAGCAGUAUGUCAUGACUUGACCUCUAGUAUCCAAAACGUUAGCUCAUCUUCCAGCAGUAUGUCAUGACUUGACCUCUAGUAUCCAAUACGUUAGCUCAUCGUCCAGCAGUAUGUCAUGACUUGACCUCUAGUAUCCAAUACGUUACCUCAUCUUCCAGCAGUCUGUCAUGACUUGACCUCUGGUAUCCGACAUGUUACCUCAUCGUCAAGCAGUCUGUCAUGACUUGACCUCUAGUAUCCAAUACGUUAGCUCAUCGCCCUGCAGUGUGUCAUGACUUGACCUCUAGUAUCCAACAUGUUACCUCAUCGUCCAGCAGUGUGUCAUGACUUGACCUCUAGUAUCCAAUACGUUAUCUCAUCGUCCAGCAGUCUGUCAUGACUUGACCUCUAGUAUCCAAUACGUUAGCUCUUCGCCCUGCAGUGUGUCAUGACAUGAACUCUAGUAUUUAAUAUGUUACCUCUGGGAGGUAUUGGAUUGUCCAUCUGACAUCUUUCCAUCUAAGGAGCUUUCCUAGUCUACACCAUGAAAAUCACUGCCAUCAAUCAAUGAAUCUGAACAUGAUUAUCAAUCCUUAAUUAGCUCAAUGUUUGUUUUGGGUUUUAAGUCUUCACUACAGCUAUAAGGUAAUACAUAUAUGAGCUGGUUUCUAUGAUUUUCUGUUGUUUUGAAUAAUCUUUAUGCCCAAAUAAUGUUUGGUGUUGGUCUAUUUUUAGCCCACCAUCAUCAGAUGGUGGGCUAUUCAAAUCGCCCUGCGUCCGUGGUCCGUCGUCUGUCCGUCUGUCCGUCCGUCCGUCCCUCCGUCCGUAAACAAUUCUUGUUAUCGCUAUUUCUCAGAAAGUGCU